ACCAGUCACAUAUAAGACGGUGAUUGUUCUCGAAAGCGAGGGCAUUAAAGUCAACACAAAGAAAUCUCGCGAGCUUGAUGGCGACGAAACCUCAUCUCCUUCUCCUCAUUCUCAUCAUCCUCCUCUCCGUCUUCCGUCCAUCGGCAUCUCCUCCACCUCCGGCAUCAUCUUCUUCGAUGCCCUGCACCGAUGAGCUGGUGGCGAUCUCGCCAUGCCUCCCGACACUGGCGGAGGAUUCCGAUGGCGGCAGUACGGCGCCAUCCACAAGCUGCUGCGCUAACUUCUUCGCCGCCGUCGAUGGCACCUGGAGUGGUCCGGCGUGCCUCUGUCACCUCAUCCGCGAGCCGAUCCUCCUCGGCUUCCCCGUCAAUGGCUCCCUCUUCACUUCCCUCUUCGUCUCCUGCGGCCGCUCCGCCGCCGACGCCAAGAACUUCAGUGAUCUCUGCCGAGGGAUUCGAAGGUUGCCAUCCUUCCGCAACGUGACUGAAGAGGGCACUGCUGAUACUGAAGCCGAAGCUCCGAGUCCUAAGCCGCCGGCUCAGCAGCCUCUUCCUGAAGAGGCUUCUUCAUCUUUGUUAAUUCGGAGGAAAAAGAAAGGCAGGAGGGGAAGCAGUGCUGGCAGAGUGGUUUGGGAUCAAUCAAUCCAGCAGCUGGUAAGCUUAUGGAUCCCAUUUGUUUUACUUUUGUUCUAACAUGCACAUGCAAACUAAACUGUUUCUUUUGUUUCUCUGUAAAACUGUGAACAACUACUGUAAAUCAUAUCCUUGUGUAGUUGUUCUGAUUUGAUUUUUAGGAUUCAUGCUCUUCA